CAGACACAAUUACAUCGUUUUCUGUGGAGCUGCCUGGAAUGCACUUACUUCGUCCUACUUCCCAACAGUAAGAAAAUAGCAACUAAGGAAGACAAGAGGAGUUUGCUGCUGUGGGGCUCAGUGCAUGUGUGUGUUUCCUGGGCUUGCUUGUCUCUUACCCAGUGAUUAGAGCCUCCUGACUCAAUUGAGACAGACUGAAUUCAUAACAUCAGUGCAUUCUCUGCCUUCCACUGCAGCGACUGAACCCUUUCAGAUAACUUAUUUUCAAGUCUGAAGAAUACUGGAUGAAGAUACAUAAAUAAGGAACAGUUGUUUUUGUACUAAGGAAAGGUUUUUCUCCACUUGUUUUCCAAGGUGGUUUUAGUCUUCCUAUUACGUGAAAUAGGCUCCUCCAAUCUGGAAUAAUGUCUUUAUAUGGGUGCAGAGGCUCCUGGUUACUAGUGCUGCUUGGUGUUGUGAGUGUGCUUGUGGUGCUGAUAGCUGGUAACGCUGGGCACAACGAGGACAGGGGGGAGACUGGACCAUCCUGCUUCGGGGGCUUUGACCUCUACUUCGUUCUGGACAAAUCUGGGAGUGUGCAGCACCACUGGAUUGAAAUCUAUCACUUUGUGGAACAUCUGGCUCAUAAAUUCAUAAGUCCACAGCUGCGCAUGUCCUUCAUUGUGUUCUCCACUGAGGGAAGAAUUUUGAUGCGGCUCACAGAGGACAGGGAGCAGAUUCGCAAAGGUCUGGAGGAGCUCCAGAGGGUACUUCCAGGGGGAGACACCUUUAUGCACGAGGGCAUCCAGAGGGCCAGUGAGCAGAUAUAUUAUGGAAACUCAGAAGGAUACCGUACUGCCAGUGUCAUCAUAGCUCUCACAGAUGGAGAGUUGCAUGAGGACCUCUUCUACUAUGCUGAGAGAGAGGCCAACCGCUCGCGGAGUCUGGGUGCCUCCGUAUACUGUGUGGGGGUGAAGGACUUCAAUGAGACACAGCUGGCAAAGAUUGCUGAUAGCAAGGACCAUGUAUUCCCAGUGAACGAUGGCUUUGAAGCACUGCAGGGGGUCAUUGAUUCAAUAUUAAAGAAGUCCUGUAUUGAGAUCCUGGCGGCUGAGCCCUCCAGUAUCUGUGCAGGAGAAACUUUCCAGGUGGUGGUUAGAGGAAAUGGCUUCCUCCAUGCUCGGAAUGUCGAUAAGGUUCUGUGCAGUUUCCGAAUCAACGACACACUCACCAAGAGUGUGAAGCCAUUAAUAGUGGAAGAUACAUAUCUCCUCUGUCCUGCCCCCAUUCUACAGGAAGAGGGAAUGGCAGCCAAACUCUAUGUCAGCAUGAAUGAAGGUCUCAGUUUCAUCUCCAGUUCAGUCACCAUUACAACAGUGGGCUGUUCUGAUGGAACCAUCCUGGCCAUCGCCCUGCUCAUCCUCAUGCUGCUUUUAAUCCUCAUGAUUCUCUGGUGGUUCUGGCCUCUCUGCUGCACUGUGGGCUCUGCCAAAAUCCAACAGAAGGAGCUGGUAGUUAAAAGCGUACAUAUUAUCCAUGAGCCACCACCACCAGUAGUAGAAGACAGUUCGGAUGAGGAAGAAGAUGGGAUGCCUAAGAAGAAGUGGCCCACGGUCGAUGCCUCCUACUAUGGGGGCAGAGGUGUUGGUGGAAUCAAAAGGAUGGAGGUGCGUUGGGGUGAGAAAGGCUCUACUGAGGAGGGAGCCAAGCUGGAGAAGGCAAAGAACGCCAGGGUGAAAAUGCCUGAGCAGGAGUUCAUACAGUCCCCCACCCGCAUUCUCAACAAUGGCAUGCGCAAGCCUCCAGGCCCUCACAAGUGGUACUCACCAAUCAAGGGAAAAUUGGACGCUCUGUGGGUGUUGCUGUCGAAAGGCUAUGACCGCGUGUCUGUGUUGAGACCACACCCAGGAGACAAGGGCCGAUGCAUGAACUUCACCCGGGUCAAGUCCAAUCCUCCUCCUCGCUACCCCCACUACAACCAUCACUCAGCCCCCAUCUACACCCCUCCAAGCGGAUGCAGCCCACCGCCUCCCCAAGGCAUGCUCCCCCCUCCCCCCAACAGCCCCCCAGCAUCCCCUUUUCCAUCCUCCACCUCCACACUGCCCUCAACAUCCCCUCCUUUUUCUACCACUCCUCUUCCACCUCCAAUUUCUCCACCUCCUACCAUUACACCUCCACCUUACACUCCACCUCCAACUCGAACCCUUCCUCCAAGCACUCUGUAUAUUCCUCCUCCUCCUAUGUGUCCCCCCUCCCCUCCACCACCUGCAUCCCCAACCGGCUCUCUACCCCCUCCCCCUCAGGCCCCUCCUCCAGGACGAGGCUUCCUGCCCCCACCCCCUACCCGCCCACCACCACGCCCCUCUCUGUAGAUCCUCAGCAGUGAUUGGAAGAGAGAGGGACACGGGAUGACUAGGACAAGGAAGAUCAACAUGAAUCACAACUGUCCUGUCUCCCCUAAAUCUUUGAUUGUUCCCUCAUUCCACUGCCAGUCAGGAUAUCUGUGUGGCUCACGCCACAACCAACCAGCUGAUGACUUGUCAGCUAUUUGUCUACAGUGGGCCAUGUACACAUCUAGGUCAACAGUACAAAGAGAAGUUGUACUUAAGGUUCUACAGAUGUCUCCUGAUGGACAGCUUUCCUCAUAGAUAUACAUCUAUGUUGUCCAUAGAUGGCCAGGUCUGCACAAAAACACGGUUACCUUGUCACUGUCUUGAGGGCUAAGCCCAUCUAUCCAUUCUAGAACCAACAGAAGAAUGGAUGGAUAUCGUUGUGACAAAGCAAAGCCAAGUAUUGGAUGGUUGCCUCUUAAAAAAUGUUUUUACCAAGGCUCUAGAGAGUUGGCAUAGGUAGUAUUAUGUUCAGAAAAAAAUUGAGAGAUGUCUCCAAAUGAUAUUCCAAUAAUGUAUCAGUCUGAAUUAUAAGUUAUUAUGAGCAGCGGAAGGAUUCUUUGCCAGUGGUAGUUUCUUUAGAGAUUAGCCAAAGUAAAUCCAGGAAAAGUAAUAUCUCAAUGAAUCACUAAAAAGUCCCAGUGCCAAUCGCCCUGCUGCACUGCACAAUUAUUGUCAAGUCAAGGGCAAGUUUGCAUAAUGUCAGCAUAGAGGAUGAUUUUGUGCCUUAAUGAGCCUUUAAAUGGGCAGCGCAGUUAACGUGAUUUUCCUGGUUUUUUAUGAUAUUUCUACACUAUAAGGUCGAAAUUACACUCAGAAAUUUUGAAAAUGAUGAUAGUCUUUUUUGUGUAAGAGCUGUUUAAAAAAUAUAUAUAUUUUCAUUUUUUUCUACACACCCACACGAUCAGACUGAGCAUUUCAAUGGCAAAAGGAGGCACAGGGAAAUAAAUGACAAAAUAUAUUAUUUUCAAUAAACACGCACAGUGAUUUAUUAGACAUACAGUGAUGAUUUAAAAAUUAAAAAAGACUGCAUGGGGGCUUUAAUUAAAAACACAAUGUUAUCUGAGAGCAAUUACAUUCCCGUGGUUUAAGUAAUUUGUUAAUGCAUGUAACAGUGUUUUGAUUAAUUAAUGGGUGUUCGUUUAUAUCAUUCAUAAAAAUGUUUAUACAUAUAGAGUGUAUAAAUAUGUCUUACUUUUUGUGUCUUUGUAUUGUUCACUCAGUAUUGGAUGACAAUUUUUGCAGAGUAUGAUUGUAGGGUGAAAUAAUGAAUUAUUGCG